AUGACAAGGGAAGAAAGCAGAGCAAUGACUGAGCUGCUGGGUCAAAUCGUGGCUAGUCAUAGGGAUGGGGAUAUGGUGCACCUUGUCAAUGCAUUGGUGGCAAAAGGGAAGCAUGUACUGCUGAAGCAGAGAAAGCAGCAAGAGCACAACUUUGAAUCACCUGAUGAGGAUGAGGAAAGGGAUGCACAAGAUGAAGCGUCAAGCCCAUUGGGCAACUCAGAUGUUGAGGGAGCUGGGGAAGUUGAGGAUUAUGGCCCCCAAGGAGAAGAGGAAUUGGAGUAA